AUGCCCCAUUGGAGCAUGUCUGCAUGCUUCCAGUGUGCACUUUGCAUUGUCAAUGACCAGUGCACCUGGGACAUCAUUGCCAUUGUGCAUGAGUUUACAGCCAGUGGGCUGCAAGGAGGGAAACUAGCCACAUGGGUUGGCUACUUUGGCCAUAGUGCCAGGAAGACACAGCAUGUUGGUGGCUCCUUCCACAAGCACAUCCUUGACAAGGAUGCAGUGAAGGCACUUCUGGACUUCGAUUCCCAGAACAACUUGCUCUGGAUGCAGGUGUAUCAAUCUGCAACUGUUCCACCUCCCCAGGUGGAUCUCCCUCCCUUGGGUUUGAAACCACAUGGUUUCCUCUGGAGCAAUGAAUGCACCCCUGCUAUUGCAGGGCCAUUGCAUGUUGAUGUCCCUUCUGAGAAAGACAUCUCUCUUGAUUACAGUUCUGACGACUGUGAUGGAUAUGACAAAGGUCUCUGA